AUGACAUUAAUUAAAAAAAUUCUCUUCUGCAGUGGCCAGGGCCAGAAACGAUUCCGAGAUGCGACAAAGAAGAUUUUGGACGACCUCUUGUCGUCCUAUGACAAGCGCAUUCGCCCCAACAGUGCCAAUGAGACAGCAGGCAAACCAGUGAAAAUACAGGUAAAUAUGCUUUUGCGGAACAUAGAAAAGAUCGACGACGUGGCACACGAGUGGUCAGUGCAGCUGACAUUCCGACAAAAGUGGACUGAUGAUCGUCUAAAGUUCAACGACUACAAUGGGCAAAUCAGCUACAUUAAUUUGGUGGAUGGCGCAAACCAAAUUUGGAAACCAGAUACCUUUUUCAAAAAUGAGAAAAAAGGUCAUUUCCAUAACAUCCUCACUCCAAAUCAGCUGGUCCGUAUUUACCCUGAUGGAGCCGUACUUUACUCAACUCGAAUAAGUCUCGUCUUGGCCUGUCCAAUGGACCUGAAGUACUAUCCAGCAGACAAACAAGUGUGCCAAAUUCAAUUGGCAAGCUAUGGCUACACAACUGAAGAUGUUGACUACCAGUGGAAGGAAAAAGACCCAGUUCAAGUGACAAAAGAUAUAAACUUGCCCAGAUUUACUCUAACGGAGUUCACUCCUAGUUAUUGCACGAGCAAAACUAACACAGGAGAAUACAGCUGCUUGAAAGCAGCUUUCACCGUAAAACGGGAAAUCAACUACUACCUGAUGCAAAUGUACAUUCCCUGUCUGAUGCUGGUACUCGUUAGCUGGAUUGGCUUCUGGAUGGACAUCAAGAAGGACCUGACUGCGCGGACGAUCAUCGUCCUCGGCUCGCUGCUGACCAUGGCCUGUCUGGUGACCUACAAGAACAGCUCCAUGCCCUCGGUCAGCUACACCAAGCGCAUUGACGUGUGGACGGGCGUCUCGCUGACCUUUGUCUUUGCCGCCCUCCUCGAGAUGGCCACCGUCAACUACCUCGCCAAGCAGGAGAACAUCAGCAGCGAGUCGCGCCAGUACAAGAUGGUUCAGGUUGAUAAAUAG